AUGAAUGCUCAUGAUAAUCAUGGUGAAGAAGAAAGAGAGCAUAUGAUUGACACUGAGAAUGAAGAUCAACUCAUGGAUGAGGAAGAUAAUGAUAGUAUGGAUCAAGAUGUCCAAAAUGAAGAUUUCAAUGAGCAAAUUAACUUUCCUUUGAAUGUUGAUGACCCAGGUAAUUGGGAUAAGAUUGACUAUAAUAUCAGAGACUUUUUGGUUGAAAGAGGUCCUCAAAGAGACCAUGAUUACAAUUUUCCCAAAGAUAGUAGAGGCAGACAUUUUUCUUCAGAACAUUUCUUUCGAUAUUUACCAAAUGGCGAGAAGCAAGAUCGGAAUUGGCUAGUGUAUUCAGAGUCUCUAGAUAGAAUAUUUUGCUUUUGCUGCAAGUUGUUUAAGAAGGACGAGCAGAAAAUUAAUUUGGCCAACAUAGCUGGUGUAGGAUACAAAGAUUGGAAGAACCUUGGUCGGAGGCUUAAGGGUCAUGAAACAAGUAAUGUGCAUGCUUAUUGUAUGAGUAGAUGGAUUGAAUGGAAAAAGAGACUACAAAAGAAUCAGACAAUUGAUAAAAGCUGGCAAGAACAGAUUGUGAAAGAGAAAGAGCAUUGUGGACAAGUAUUACUCAGGAUAAUUGUUGUUGUCAAAAGACUUGCAAAAAAUAAUUUGGCAUUUCGUGGAGAUAGUGAGAAGCUUUAUGUGGAGAAUAAUGGAAUUUUUUUGCAAAUGAUUGAGAUGCUUGCUGAAUUUGAUCUAACAAUGCAAGAGCAUGUUCGACGCAUUCAAAGUCAUGAGACACACUACCAUUAUCUCAGUCACAAAAUUCAAAAUGAAAUGAUACAAAUGUUAGCAAGUGAGAUAAAACAAUCAAUUGUUACAAGUAUCAAAGAAGUCAAAUACUUUUCCAUUAUUGUGGAUUGCACUCCCGAUGUAAGUCAUGAAGAGCAAAUGUCUCUUGUAGUACGGUGUGUGGAGGUUUCUUCAAAGCCUAUAAUGGUAGAAGAGUUCUGGCUAGAAUUCUUGAAAGUAGAUGAUACGUCAGGUCUUGGGCUUUUUACUGAGAUUACAAAUGCAUUGAGCACUCUUCAACUUGAUAUUGAUGAUAUAAGAGGACAAGGAUAUGACAAUGGAGCUAAUAUGAAAGGAAAACACAAAGGUGUUCAAAAGAGGCUUCUUGAAGUAAAUCCUAAGGCAUUCUACACUCCAUGUGGUUGUCAUAAUCUCAAUCUUGCACUUUGUGAUAUGGCAAAUUGUUGUCCCAAAGCUAUGUCUUUUUUUGGAGUGAUUCAAAGGAUAUAUUCAUUGUUUUCAUCAUCUAAAAAGCGAGGGCAAGUUUUCAAAGAUUUUGUGGAUGGUCUUACAGUUAAGCCGUUGUCACAGACACGUUGGGAGAGUCAUGUUGAAAGUGUUAAACCCAUAAGAUUUCAAGCUCGUAAAAUAAGAGAUGCUUUAAUUCACAUGGCAGAAGUUAGUGAAGAUCCGAAGACAAAGAGUGAAGCUGAGUCGUUAGCAAUAUCUGAAAUGGAGAACUUUGAAUUCUUGCUUGGCAUGGUUAUUUGGUACAAGUUAUUAUUUGCCAUCAAUACUGUUAGCAAAAUUCUUCAAACUGAAGACAUGCAUAUUGAUUUUGCCAUCACAGAACUAAAGAAACUUAUUUCUUCUCUUGAGAAUUUUAGAGAAAUUGGGUUUGAGGAGGCCAUGAUUGACUCUAAGAAGAUCGCGAAUGAAAUGGAGAUUGAAGCUGUAUUUCGUGAAAAGCGAGUCAUUCGGAGAAAGAGACAAUUUGAUGAGAGUGCUAGUGAAGAAGUGACACAAUCACCUGAAGAAUCAUUCCGAGUUAAUUACUUCACAUAUAUAGUUGAUCAAGCUCUUUCUUCACUUAGAACUCGGUUUGAACAGUUUCAAAAAUAUGAAGAACUUUUUGGGUUCUUAUUCGAUGUAGAGAAGUUGAAGUGUUCAGAUAAUGAUAGCUUGAAGAAGUAUUGUGCUAAUCUUGAAACUUCUUUGACACAUGGCGGGAUCUCUGACAUUAAUGGGGAAGAACUAUAUUCAGAAUUGAACUAUCUAAAAGACACUUUACCAGAGGAGGCAAAAAGGGCAAUUGAAGUGUUGAAUUAUUUAAAGGAGAUGGAGAGUUGUUACCCAAAUGCUUGGAUUGCUUAUAGAAUUUUGUUGACUAUACCGGUCAUAGUUGCUUCUGCAGAAAGAAGUUUCUCAAAGUUGAAAUUGAUCAAAUCUUAUCUUCGGUCAACCAUGUCACAAGAAAGAUUGAAUGGUUUAUCUAUGCUAUCUAUUGAAAAAAAUAUGGGAGAUAAACUUGAUUAUGACAACAUUAUUUGUACUUUCGCAGCUAAAAAUGCGAGAAGAGCAAGGUUUAAGUGA